AUGACAACACCCCUGAAACGUCUGUCGAUGGCGGCGCGGCAAACGUCGUUCGCCGACCUGGACUGCAGCGUCCAGGGCACGAGCAUCUGCAAAACGCGACCGCGGGCCCUCUUUGCACCAACCCACGUCGUCUUUCUUGUCAAGCUGACGAUGCCGACUCGACAGUCGUGGUGCAUCCAGUGCACGUUGCACGACGUGGCAAGGCUCCACCGCCGCUUGGUCGACUCGGUGGACGAUACGGAUUUUCAAGCGGCGCUGUCGACGCUGCGAUGUCCCCGGCAACCCCUCUUUCGACGAACGAACGCACUGGUCGUCAAAGGCAUGUGCUGUGACUUGGAGUUCUACUUGACCACGUUGCUCAAGGUGUGUCAAGCUCACGUCGUCACGGCAACCCCGUCUGCCGUCGACGUGGAAGCCACCAUGCGCACCUUUUUCGAUACGUCCUCGGUCAAAGCACAGACCAAAGCCGCCGCAAACAUGGCGAAAGAAGCACCCUGUACUUAA